AUGGCGUCCUUUUAUUACAAGUUUUCAAACACUUUGUAUCUACUGGCCAAUAAUCAAGUCGCCCAACAACGUGAAGCUAGUCUUAUUGUACUUCCUCCGAUUAUAUUGGGAUAUGACGAGUUCUACGAUGACGGAUCAAAAGAUAAAUCCAGUAGAGAACACGAUAAAUCAAGUCACGAAAAAGAAAAAUCUGUAGCCAGUAGUGAAGAUAAAAAUGACAAAAGUAAAAAUACCCAAGAUCAUCAUGGAAAUAACAACCAUAAUGGCCAUAACCAUAAUUCUCAGGAAAAAAAUGAUAACGAUCGUUCCCAUGAUGGUCAUCGUCCUAAGAGUAAGGAAAACGGUGAUAAAAAUGUUGGAGAACGAUCUCAUAAGUUAUCACAUAAAAUUAAAUGUCGUUCUAGAAGUGGUAAAUUAAAUGGAAAAUCUUGCCCCUUUAAGAAGAAAGAAUAA